GCCCUAAAUAGGAAAUGGAUAGCGAGUAUCGAGUUUCUAUCUUAAUGAAGCCAGAGAUUGCUACAUUUAUGUCAGCUCAUCCGAUGUGUAACUCAACCAUAACAUUGACAACAGCAUGACACAAAAUUCUAGACCUCACUUGCACAGGCUAAACUAUUUCUUUUUUUCGUUUUGUACUUGUGAGAGGCAUGAACAUGCCUUCGGACACAUACACCAUCGUGUGGAGGGCUGCGGUAGUCGUCCUGCUUCUGGCAAGUAAAGCACACAUUUCAAGCGCAGGAGGCCGGUACAAGCGAGUGGUUGGAGGGCAACCAUUGCGAGCAGGGGAGUGGCCAUGGUUGGUGUCACUGCACUUUCUGGGUAGCCACUCGUUUCAGCAGCUGCUGGGCUUAAAACACUUGUGCGGAGGAACUCUCAUCCACCCGGAAUGGGUCCUAACUGCUGCGCACUGCGUGCACAAGCUUUCGGGUAGUCCUGAACUGCUGGAGCUGGAGGAUCCACGGAUGUGGGUGGCUGUACUGGGAGAGCAUGACCGAACCGUCAAUGAGGACACGGAGCAGAGGAUCGGCGUGGCCGCCAUCAUCAGGCACCCCGGAUACACACUGAUCCCUAAGUUCUCCAAGGACAUCGCCCUGAUGAAGCUGUCACAGCCAGCGGUCCUCAGUGACUACGUCAAGCCCAUCGCCCUGCACGUGCAGCCUGAUCUACCUGCACAUGCGUACAGCUGCCGACAGGCCAAGGAGAACAAGAAGCAGAGGGUCGCAGAUGGCAUGUACAGGGAUGAACCGCGAGGAGUUUCCCUCUUUGGCAACCAGGGCUUUCGUGACCAGAGGGUUUUCGGAAACCCGAAAAGGGUCUUGCCGAACCAUUAUCCGCCCCUGGCGCCUAUCUGCCCCGUCAGCAACCACCCGACGGUCAUCGACAACCUGCUGGAAAAAAUGAACCUGGGACAGCAGUGCUACACCGCCGGCUGGGGUCAACAAGUCCCAGACGACCCGGGCCAGCCUCAGUACGGCAACGGCACGCUGGUCCCUCAUGUGCUGCGGAUGCUGCGAGUUCCGCAGAUGGCGUGCUGGGCCGCCUACCUCUUCUCGUGGCCUCUCAUCGACAGCACGGUGCUGUGCUACGCCGCCAACCACCACAGUGACACCUGCAAGGGUGACUCCGGAGGUCCGCUGCUGUGCUACGUGUCGGAACGACCUCUGCUGGUUGGGAUAGUUUCGGUCGGGUUCGGGUGCGCAGUGCCACGCUACCCAGGAGUGUACACCCGAGUCUCGUCCUACGUUGACUGGAUCCAAGAGGUCGUCGCAGGAGACAGCGCCACAUCUCGCGAUAAGAAGUGAGACAACAAACUUAAGUGGUAUUGUCUCUACGCCCUUUCCGGCAUUUGCUAGAUGAGUGACAUUUUCUUGAAAAGAAAGAAACUGCUGUGUUGUUACGAAGAAAAUCUCACAUCCGUCGGAUCACAGAUGCUGAUGGAAGCAUCGCUUUGAAACGCGUGCGAGCGCACACACAUUCUCUCUCUCACUCACUCACACACACACACACUGUCGUACAGAAUCUUCCUGCAUCUUAAAGAACUUAAAGUUUAUAUUUUACUGGUUGUAACGUUUUCAGACAAGAAAGCUAUAGCCAUGAAAGUCCUCUCUGUGUGUGCAAGCUCGUUACCAAUGAGCUGCCAGACCAAGGUUUUCUUCAAGACCAACCUGAACGGUUUGCCAUUUUUUCAGAUCAGUAGAUAUAGGCGAUGUAAGCCUAACCUGUAAAUUUCAGCCUCCAAAACCCAUUAAUCUGCAAAAAACGCAAACCAUUGAGGUUGGUCUUUAAUAUUUACACCAAGAUUUUAAAAACAUUUUUUUCGCGAAGAAACAGCGAACUUGGGGAUGAUUUAGUCUCUACGAAAUGUGUGAAAAUGGCUAAAUAUGUCAAGGCAUCGACAGAUGUACAAAUGUCGCUUUUGAAUCAAUACAGCUCUCGGCAUUAACUUUCCAGCAUUUCAUUACAAUAUAACUGGUUUCAAUCCUUCAUUUUCGACGAUCGAUUAUUAUAGAUCAUGCUAAUGGGGUUCACUCAAAAUGGAAAAGGAAGCACAAGAAGGUUAGUACCCCAAAAAGAUGGUACAUGUGCACUGGUAACACAGAAAAUUGCUUAAAGGUCUAGUGUGAUGCAGAUUUUUUUCUGAUGGUAGUGUAAAACUCAGUACAAGAUUUCCCCAGGUCUGGGUGAAUACCCCACUUCCAUUUUCGAGAUACACGCAUGACAACGCACAGGUCAAAGUCAACAACACAGACGUCAGGGUUGUACACGACUACCUUUACCUUGUCAAGGCCUAAGCCAAUGGAAUGAGCUGGGAUCAUAAUCCAGUUGGGUGUAUCUGCGUACAAAGGUGACUUUUUUCUCAGCAUGAUGUCUGUAGGCGUGUAGACAAGCAUUCGUAGAUAGCCGUGGCUAAAGCACUGAACAUCAGGCGUGCCGGUUCGAUACCCGUGAAGCGAGACAAACUUUCAAAAGUCAACCCAGCUGUUGGAAACGGGUACCUGACUCCAUAGAGGGUUGGGGAAGGUAAAGUAGCGAGAUCAGGGAGAUGGGGACCCCGAGAAAAGUGAGAUCUCUAACAUCCGAACGACCUGAAAAAGGUUACUGAACACCAUUACCCUUUUUCAAUUUUUAGACAAGCAUUCACCCAAAUUUGAGGAUAUGAUAUCUGGAACUGAGCUUCAUCUACUCAUCAGAAAAUAUUUUGCACCCCACCAGAUCUUUGUAGGCCGCGGCCGUCGAGGUACUGAAACGGCAAUUAAAUUUUUGAUAUCUUACCCCCAAGAGUAAGAGCAGCAUU